AUAUACAUAUAUACACUCUUUCCACUACACAGAACACAGAACAGGUUGGCUGCCAGGGGCUGCAUGCAGCUGAUGUUAUGACAGAGCAAGAAAUGCAGCAGCCAUGAACCAGCUGUGUAUGGAGCCCUGCAGAGCCCUGCAAGACGGCAUUAGACAGCAGCUGAGCCGCGCUGGAGGAGAGUUUCGUCUCCAGAGAGUGCAACUAGAGACCAGACCAAGAAAGCUAGAAGACAGGAUACUGGUCACAACAUGCUGGAGAUUCUAUAUAUUCUACGUCAAACUGCCAGCAAAGAUUGAAAGUUCAUUCAGUGUGCUGGAAAUCCGAUCUCUCACAGCUAUCAGUCCUAGCCAGAUACUCAUUGAAACAGAGAAAGGAAACUUCCAGCUGACGCUGACUGCUCAGAAUUCAGAUCAGCUGAUUAACGGCAUCCAGGCCACACUCUCCAAAAUAUUUCCAACUCCAGACACAGUAUGUUUGGUCAGGCGACAAUAUCCCGAGUCCGCGGACAGUUCCCGAAAUUCAUCUCCAAACUCCGACACUGCUGGGCUUCCCGCUACAACUGGAUCUGCGGUGGUUUUUUCAGAGACGUAUGCUGCUCUUUGUGACUAUAAUGGCGUGUGUUGCAGAGAAGAGGUUCAGUGGGAUGUGGAUAUGAUUUAUCACUCUCAGGACAGCCGGGAAUUUAACUUGCAGGACUUCAGCCAUCUGGAAAGCAGGUCAGCUGCUCUGGUUGUUGCAGCUCUGGCGUAUAAUCAGUAUUUUCUCAGGCUCCAGGCCGCAAAUCUCAAACUGGGAUCGGAGGUGACAGAACAGAUCCUACAUUGUGUGGGCCGAUCACAGCACCUAGAGGAGCUAAUCCUAGAGGACUGCGGACUGAGAGCUGAUUUCGCUCUCCGCUUGGCCUCUGUGUUGUCAGAUAAUGCAGCCUCCUCUUUGCAUUCGCUGAACCUGUCACACAACCCCCUGGAAGACCGAGGAAUCUCUGCUCUCUCCCAGCAAUUCCUGUAUUUUCAUGCUGGACUUAGGAGCCUCAAUUUGAGUAAAACAAACAUCACCGCGAGAGGAGCACUCUCUCUGUGUCAGUCUCUCUGCCAGAAUGCUCUUUUCUCCUCCUCGUUGCACUCACUGACCCUCAGUAAGAACCCUGGACUUCUCGGGAGCGAGGAGACCAAUGCACUUUAUACUUUUCUGUCUCACCCAAAUUCGUUGGUUUAUUUGGAUCUCUCAGGAACAGACUGUGCUGUGGACACUAUUUUUGGUGCAUUAGCUCUUGGUUGUUGCUCUUGUCUCUCACAUCUUGACCUUUCUAAGAAUUCUCUUUCACAUCGAAGAACACCAGAGACACUGCCGUCUGUGGAGAAAUUUUUUGGCAGCUCAUUGUCACUGUCCAAUGUAUCAUUAAGUGGAACCAAAGUGCCCCCAGAACUCUUGAGAGCCAUGCUUCAGGGGCUGUGUUCCAACACUCACCUGCAGGAUGUUCAUAUUGACUUAAGCAGUUGUGAGCUGCGGUCUGCAGGUGCACAGAUAUUACAGGAACUUUUCCCUCCAAUCAGCAGUGUUGGGAGCCUGAACAUAUCUGAUAAUGGAUUAGACUCUCAUUUACUCUCCCUUGUCCCUGCUUUGGGCAGAAGUAGGCAUCUCAAACAUCUUUCGAUUGGCAGAAACUUCUCAGUUAAGUCACGGGUCCUAGAGGAGAUUCUUCAAAGAAUCGUGAAUGUCCUUCAGGAUGAAGACUGUUGCCUCCAGUCUCUGUCUCUCACAGACUCUCGAUUGAAGUCUCGCACAUGUAUUGUUUUAAAUGCUCUGGGGAGUAACACAUCUCUUCAGGAAUUGGAUAUCAGUGGUAAUGGGAUGUCUGACAUUGGUGCCAAGAUGCUAGGAAAAACCCUGCAGAUAAAUAGCACACUGCGGUCUGUUCUUUGGGACAGGAAUGCUGUUUCCGCUUCUGGAUUUAUGGAUGUAGCUCGAGCUCUUGAGAAAAAUAGAACCCUGCGCUUCAUGUCCUUUCCUGUUGGUGACAUUUGCCAGGCAUACCAGAGACACCCUGAGAGAGCUGAAAGUGCCUGGAGGAAGAUACAUAGCUGUCUCCUUCGAAACUCUCAGACAUUGGCUGUCUCUGACCAAAGAGCCCUCCGGCUUCAACAGGGUGUGACGAGCAGUGCGGAACAGAUGCUACAAACACUGUCCAUGUUGAUACAAGAUCACAUCAAUGCUCUGCGCUCCUGUGACCUGGAAACUGUACAAGAAGACAUCAUAUGUGCGAGACAGCUCCUCAGAGAUGCCAAGAACUGUCGCGCUUUAUUACCACGUCUCCUGGAAGCAGGCAGCUGGCUGUCUCCUUCAGGCCCUGCUCAGAGGCUCCUUGAGACAGUCUCGUAUGAACUGUCUCGAGCAGUGGACAGGGAAUUGCAGAACAUUGCAGACACCAUGUGGGAGGCUACUCAGGAUCUCUUCCCGGGAGCGGCGCGGGAUGCACAGCGUGGAGGAGCAAUGCUCUGCAGGCUUCGAGAACAACAUGGACUCAGCCCACCCCAUAUACGUGAUAUGCUUAGGCAGGUGGGGAAUGAAUUACAUAAUAAGCUGAGGGCUGCACAGCUGUCCCUCAUGACGCGUCUCAGUAAUUCUGUUUUGGAGCAAGUUCUACAGGAAAUGCAAAGAACACAUAGAAAGCUGGCCCGUCAUAGAUCUCAGCUGCAGGCUCUUAUGGAGGAGGAACAGAGGAUUAUGGGAUAUAUCCCUCAGACACCACCCAGGAAUAAACAGGAAACACAUGAAGGAGAGAUGUAUUCCAGCAUUGAUACAAUGGUAAUAAAGAAACGUCUUCAAGGCAGGAAAAUCCGGCCCGUGUCUGCAUUUAUCAGUGUGAGUGAGCAGGAAUUAAGCCCCAAGACCCUAGAUUUGGGUUCCCCUGGCUCCCGUGAACUCAGUUCUCCACCCGCGCUCUCCUCAUCUGCUAGCAGUCAGCUCUCUCGCUCUCUAAGCGUAUCUCUAGAAGGUCUUUCUGAACUACCCACAGAAGGGAGUAAACUGCAGCACCAGACCCGGGACAGGCCGAAACAACAAUCCCGCAGAGCACCAGGAGGAGGCAAGAUCCGAGGUCCAGCAUCUGACUCAGAACGCCCUGAUCCUGCUAUAGAUGAAGGCUUGGAUGAGUUUUUCCAUCGGACAGUAUUAACGCAAUCAAACAGUGUAUCUUCAGCUCCACAAAGUGAAACAGAUGCUCCCCCCAAAAGAAGGCGUAGGAGCUUGUUCCAUUUCCGCAGAAGCCGGACCCCAAAGAGAGAACGAGACAGGGGAAGAACUGUGCCUCCACCUUCCCCUGGUCCUGAACCUUCAGAUCACAUGAAGCUGGAGAACUUUCCAAUUACUAAUGGGACAACAGUCAGCAAUGGUGCUGAACUUCACAGUAUGGGAGGAGUGAGGGGCUUGCCAGGGAGAGGGACACCGUCUUGUGACCCACCACUGGAAGAAGUGCAGCCUGCAAGAGUACGAGGAGUUCCGCUUCCUGGAAUGGAUGGAGUCCGUGUGUGGAAGGAGAUGGAAUUGGCAGGAGGAACUAAUUGUGUUCCUGAUGACAGAAGACGCUCCUCUGGGGAUGGGGAGGAGGGUGCUACGUUUGAGGACAGACAGCCUUGUUUCUCCAACGGAGACAGAAACAAUCAGAAGAAUUUAUCAAGAGAAGAGGGGGGUCUUACUGAUUCCUGCCCCCCUUCUGCAGAACUUCGGCCAGUUGCUGCCCCACGAGGUAGGAAAGUGUCUUGUGGGGGGGGGCACAGCGAGACCGAAAGUUCAGAAGAGACGAGGAAGGAAAUCCCAGUGCCCAAACCUCGAAUCAGAGAACCUGGGAAAGAGGCGGCCCCCCCAGUGGGAGAUGGAGCACCUCCAGUUCGGCGGCCUCCUCUAAAGCCACAACGCUCUCGGAGGAUGCAGUCAUGUGACUUAGCUCAACCCACACACCCUGUGGCUGGCACGAAUCUGACAUUUCAAAUAAAUGAACAAAAAAAUGCCUCAGACAGGUGAUGCCUUGCACCGUGGAAUGCGCCACACGGCUGAAGCCAAAGAGAGAGAUGCUAAGAGUCUGCCAUCGUCUGCUUGACUCUCAAUCAUCUGGAAAACUUGAAAUGUGACUUACUGGAAAUCUGCCUGUGAAUACACCAUAUACAGUCUGAACAACCUGAAAACUGGUUGCACUGAGAGGCCUAUAACAAAUGAUUGUGCA